CUUAUAGGAUUUGCACAGAUUUUGUUUUACUAUGAUGACGCUGUGCUGAAUUUUACUAAAGCAGAAAACUGCAGCAUGGAUGUGUUUUUUAUCAUUCGUCGUGAAAAGACGACAAUAUUUGCUGAUGCAAAAGAAUCGAGCACUGUCUUGGAUUUAAAGAAAAUUAUUCAGGGAAUCCUAAAAGUCACACCAGAGGAUCAAGUAUUAUAUAAUGCCUGUAAUGACCAGGCACUGGAAGACAAUAAGACUCUUGGAGACAGUGGUUUUACACAAGCAAAUGCAAAAGCUCAGGCACCUGCUCUCCUCAAACUUGCUCUUAAGGAUGGAGGUAGUGCGACUUACAUGCCUUUUUUUAAUUAUAUAAUAUGCAAAAUUGUGUAAUUGGUCAGUAAUUAC